AUGGCCAACUCUUCCCGGUCUAGACUGGCACGUCGGGCUUCCCUCAUGCGGCCCCGAAGGACAGCCCUGAGUACUAUAAUGGAGGACGCAUGGGAGAUGCAGCAUUCAGGGCUGGAUGGAGACGGAGCCUACGGUCUUCCUCUACCUUCGAAUACCUCACUCAGUCGCUUGGCUCCUUCGCUAUCACAAUGCCCGCCGGACGGGUUUGCCGAGCUAUAUGAUGCGACGGAGAGUGAGGGAGAGAGUGACGAUGACAUAUCCAGUCCUCGUACUCGAUCGACGAGUCUAACUGCAUCGAUCACACAGUCUUCCGUGAGCUCAGUGGGCAGUCGAAGGCAUUAUCCGAGUCUCCAGAUACCUACUACUGCGCCGCAACACGCAAGCGUCUCAAAGACCUCGCCUCUCCCGCCGAGUCCUCCACCGAAGAUACCUAUAUCUCCGGCAGCUCUCUCGAUUCUUGGGUCUUCGGUACCAGCUUUGAAUGCUCCUCCUUCCUUGGAUGGUAGUAUGUCUUCGGAUCAGAUGUCCAAUCUCACGGCACCUUCAACUCCGGAUAUGCAUGCGGCUCCCGAAAUCAGUCUUCCUCCGCUGGACGAGAAUGUCGAUGGAGACAAUGCCAAUCCCCGGGGAGACUGGCGAGCGUUGCUCGAAAGUUUCCCUCCAGUCCCUUCUUCAGAUGACUCUCAACCUACCAUUCCCUCUUCCGAACGUGUAGAGCCGCUGCAGGAUCUGACGCCAUCCGAGAGACCAUUAUUAUAUCUUCCCAAGAAUGCUCUGGAAAUGCUAAACCGCAUUCGCCCCGAUAUCACACCGGACCCUUUGACAGGAACGUCCGAGAAGCAUGUCGAAAUGUGGCAGAUUGAGUGUCCUCCUGGGCAUCCGGGAACAGCUGAUAUUGAUUCUCCUCUCUCAGAGUAUUCUGCUCCAAGCCUUACCAAUUUGAGUAUUCCAUCACCAGGUGGAUUCUUUGCCUCUCUCGAACCCAGAGCUCGUCGCGCGUGGUCCUUUCCCACCAAGAAAGAUCACCCAUCGACCGCUGACGCUGAGAGGUUUUACGACUUACCAUGGGACAGAAGCAACGGCGACAUCGUAGAGCAGGUUAUCGACUGCCCUGAGCGGUCAAAUACAGGCCAGCAGUUGACAGCAAUCUAUCGCCCAGAUGAGCCUCAAACUGCGUUCAGGAUGCCCCCUAUGUUCGAUCCCCAACCCGCUGGAGUUGUAAAAGGUGCACAAGCCGCCACUGCCGACAAUGCCGUCGUGGAUUCCGUGGAAUGGGAUGCCAUGUCGUGCGAAUAUGAUGAGAACUACGAGUCACGACUAAGGUAUCGUGCACUGGCUACCCUUGACUUGACAAGGCAGUGGCUUGCACAGCAGGUACUCCAUUGUGCCAGCCCAGGUGAAGCCGACCCGCAGGCUGAGAAUGAAGAGGAGGAUGCUAAGGCCGACUUAUUGGCAGGAGGGUCCUCACAAGGGUUUCCGGAGUCGGCCUCAAAACAGUCGAUUCACGCUGGCAAUACUCUUGAGACACUACCAGGUCCGCCAUCAUCACUCCCCGAUAUAAAGCACAGGAACUCGAUAUAUUUGCGAGGUCUUCGAUUUCUUUGCGAUCAUUCUAGCAACCUGGACCCUUUCCUGCACCGUGGCACUCGUUACGACGCUAUCCAAUCCGCCCGAUCUGCUCUAGUUGAUACGCAUAUCAACAGCUUGCUGGGAAGAUAUGUGCUAAUCCAGCAUGAGCGUCCACCCUAUAGGGGUCCUUUCUCGAAGUCUCCACGUCAAAAUACCGGUGAGUCGGUCGUCGCGGACAGAGCCCAGUUUUCCAACCUGUCCAAGGAGCAGUUCGUGCUUGCACAACUCCAAGAAGCAGUGUGGGCAGUUGACGCGCUCAAGUACCUGCAGCGAGGUAGCUUGAUUACGAGUCCAGUGUCUCUACUUCUUAAAAGAGCAGUCGUCCCGGGAAAGGCCAGUGAACGACCGCAAAGGCCAAUACGUGUGCUCGACCUGUGCGGACAUGGAUCUUGUGAAUGGGGAUGGCGACUGGCUCUUGAGUAUCCGAAUAUUGACGUCUACACCGUCUCCACCAAGCCUCAAGCGGCCAACAAUGCGAUCAGAGGGCCACCUAAUCACCGACAUAUUUGCAUCUUGCAUCCAUGGAAGCUACCGUUUGGCGAUAACAAAUUCGACCUAAUAUCAACGCGCUCACUCCACUCCGCACUAAAGACCACCCAUCCUGCCGGCGAGGUUGCAGACGAAUACGACUUGUGUCUCAGAGAGUGUCGUCGCUGUCUGAAACGGGGGGGAUAUCUCGAAUUCCUCAUCAUGGACGCUAGAAUUUGCCGUUCUGGAUCCUCGGCAUCAGCUGUGUCGAUCAAGUUCGCAUCGGAACUAGAGAAAUGCGGCUACGAUGCAGCGCCGACGAGGAACUUUCUCUUUCGCUUGUACAAGGCACGCUUCAUCGGGAUUAAGCGUGCCUGGAUAUUUCUCCCUAUGGGGACAGAGCGUUCUGCACCCGAACCUUGCAGAGAUGGCCCACUGCACGUCUCUUCCGGCGAUAUGAGCCAGUCCGAAACAGUUCAGCCCCCAGUUGGAAGCACGGCCGACGUCGCAAGUGUGACAGGUCUCCUAGGAGGAUGGAUGUGGGAACAGUGGCUUUUGAAGCUGCAAAUGGAGAUGGGCCGGGAGCGCGCGAAGUUGCUCGAGGGCAUGGGAAGUUUCUUUUAUGAGGGCCGUAGAAACGGCGCUGGAUGGACCUGUUUGAGUGGAUGGGCGAUGAAGCCUCAACGAAAGAGACGAUGAUUGUAUACGGACACAUGAAGCAUGGGUUACGGUGUAAAUGGUUGAUGAAAUCCAUCUUGAUGAAGGCAUGCAUGGAAUAAUUAGUACUACUCUUUGGAAUGCAUGCAUUGAUAUAUUAGGGAAAUUCAUACCACACGAUUUCUUUCGCGUGCCUUUACAUGGAAUAUAAUUUGCUCA